UCUCUCCCCUUAUUCGUCACAACUCGGCCGAUUCCGUACCUCCAGAUGGAUCUACCAUGUGUACAGGAAAGAGCAUCUCCGUCAAUUUCGGAGGCAAACAGUCUCGAUGACAUAUCUUUUCGGACUGAUGAGCACGAAGAUGAAAAUAUUUCUUCGCCAUCUAGUUCAUUCUCCAGGCAAAAUAAGAGACGCAGGUUAAGUCCCAGGUUACAAUAUCAAAAUUACGUUUCAAAGUAUCAUAUUCCACAAUUCGUGUCUUCUUGGAAGUUAUACCACGCUGAAAGAUUACACAUUUUUUAUUCCAAGUGUUACACCGAAACUCCAAAGGAUUUACUUAAUUUAUUGGACAAGACAAUUGAACCCUUUUCACAUCAACAAAAGUAUUAUAUUGAAAGAAUAAAAUCAUUUCUAAAAUUUGAAUCUUGUGAGCCUGGAGUAUCCCGGAGCCGAUCGAGUGUUUUUUUAAGGGACAUAUACAUUAGAUUGGAACCUGUAUUUGGUGAAAUUAUCAAGGAGCUUCGUUCUAUCUUUGAAGGAGGAUACAAGGCAAAAAAUUCAAAUCCUGGUUAUUAUCACAUAGAUGUCUUGGCAAGUUAUAGGGUAUUUGAAUUUAUUGAAGAACUUUCAAUCCUGCUAAAAUUGUUUCAAGACAAAUACAAUCAAUUGCAAGAGGUUGCUGAAACCUAUUACAUUCCUGUCUGUCAAAGUUUUGCCCAGAUGUGUCAUUUAAAAGUGCAAUAUGGCAGACCCACGAGAUGGACAAAUUUAGCAGAUCAAAAAGUUGUGUCAUCAGUACCAGACCUCUGUUUCUUCCAAAAAGGAAAGCAGUUGGAUGGACUUGUACUCUCAAAAUCUCAAAUUUUAGUGUCAGUUGUAGAGGUGAAAAAGGAUUCAAGGCAAAAGUGCGAGGAACCACCCAUUAAAAUCGGAAAAUGCUCAGAUGAAAAAGAUGAAGGUUCCUGCAGACCAGAAAUAUUGAAGGAUUUAACUGAGUCUGUGCUAGGACAGCAUGCAGGAGAACUUUUGUUAGAAAUUCGAAGAAAAGAUCAUGUAACAAAAGUAGAAAAUGGAGUUAAAAAGUUUAUGAAACCGGGAAUGGUUGUUGAUGGGACUAAGGUUUAUUUCACAAUUCUUAAAAUGUCUGAUAACCAUAUAGAAGAACUUGAAAUAAAGAACAAAUAUGAUGACAGUAUGGAUGAGGCAACUAUUUAUUAUGCGAAACCAUUGGACCUUAUUUUUAAAGAAGAUCGGGACAUUUUGAUAGACAGCUUUAUGAUGUUAAAUAACAUUGAUUUCAGUUAAUGCCAUAAUCCGCAAAUUUACAAGCUUCUUCCACCAGUAAAACUGGUCGCCACGAUAUAACUGAAUCAAAGCCUUAAAGGCUGUAAAAGCAAUUGCUGCCAUGUUAAUGUUUUGGGGACUUUUUUUUUCAUCCACAUAUAUAUAAGAAUUAAACCUGACAGGAGUGUUGUCUAGUGAGAAGUAAGAAGGUUUUAACUUUA